UGGAUUCAGUGAUUUCUCCUAAGAACCCUGGUUCCCUGGUUCCUUCUACUGAGAAAUCAUAUUUAGAGACCACCGUGUGAAUGGGAGUUAUGAUCACUGCUGAAAUCAGGAAGAACAACUCCAAGAAAUGAGCAAAAGAUGCCAGUGAUCAAUAUUGAAGACUUGACAGAAAAGGACAAAUUGAAGAUGGAAGUUGACCAGCUCAAGAAAGAAGUGACCCUGGAAAGAAUGCUGGUCUCCAAAUGUUGUGAAGAAGUAAGGGAUUAUGUUGAAGAAAGAUCUGGGGAAGAUCCACUAGUAAAGGGUAUCCCAGAGGACAAAAACCCCUUCAAGGAACUCAAAGGAGGCUGUGUGAUUUCAUAAGAAAAAAAAAAAAUUCCAUGGAAUAACUUGAGCUUUAAUAACAGUACUAAUUUUUGGUCAUCUAUAAUAAUACUGUUAAGCAUGUACGUAACCUUUUGAUUUGUAAGUACAAACUUUUAAUAAAAAGUGGGAUGUGAUAAUGCAUAAAUCUGUUUUUCUUAAGGUAUUUAACACAGAGUUUAGCACAUAACUGGCAAUAACUAUUGAUUGACCCCUUUCUUUAACAAUGACUGCUAUGGAGACAAC